AGUCCAAGAACACGCAGCAGAUCCAGAAUGCUUAAGACACGAUGAAGGAACAGGGAGAUCUAGGAAUUUUAAAAGCAUUUACCCCAGUUCUCCCUUACCCAACGCCUCCUCCCUCUAAGUUCGCUGAGUAAAGUCCUCAUUCAACACCUCAGGUGAAGGGUGAUCCACCCUCCAGGAAUUAUGCUUGAAUGGAGGUCCCAGAGGCGUCUGGUGCUGCUCAACCUGCUGACCUGUGGUCUGGAGAUAUGUGUGGCUGCUGGCAUCACUUAUGUACCACCACUGCUGCUGGAGGCCGGUGUGGAAGAGAGGUACAUGACCAUGGUCCUAGGUGUUGGUCCAGUUCUGGGUCUCAUCUUUAUACCUCUCAUCGGUUCAGCCAGUGACCGCUGCAGCAGCAGCUAUGGACGGCGCCGGCCCUUCAUCUGGCUGCUGUCUUUGGGCGUACUUGUGGCCCUGCUCAUCAUUCCUCAUGCUGACAUCCUCGCUGCUCGCCUCAGCUGGAGCGGCAAUGCCCGCCCCAGCCAGACCCUCCAGGUAGGCCUGCUAAUCUUGGGAGUAGUACUGCUGGACUUCUGUGGCCAGGUAUGCUUCACGCCGUUGGAGGCGCUGCUAUCGGACCUAUACGACGGGCGGGAGGAAUGUGCCCAUGCCUUUGCUACCUUCUCGUUCAUGGCAAGCCUGGGCGCCUGUGUAGGCUACCUCCUGCCAGCACUUAACUGGAGUGCCAAUCCACUUUCUGUUUUUCUGGGUGGCCAAGCUGAGGGUCUGUUUACCCACCUCAUCCUCAUUUUUAUCACCAGUCUUCUGGUCACCAUGAAGGUGUCUGAGGAGGGUGAGGAACUAGAUAUCAAAGCUGGACGCCUCUCCUGGUGCCACAUGCCACGGCGAAGGUUUAAGCUCUGCCUUCCGAAGGCCAGCUCUCUGCUCUGUGUACUCAGGAGUUGCUGUUCGGUGACGCCGGCUAUCUACAGGAGUUACUGCCAUGUACCACGCGUUAUGAGAAGGCUGUGCGCUGCUCAGUUGUGCAGCUGGAUGGCUGUCAUGAGCUUUAUGCUUUUCUACACAGACUUUAUUGGUGAAGGACUUUACCAAGGAGUGCCCAGUGCUGCACCGGGCACUGUGCCAAGGCAGCAGUAUGAUGAAGGCAUUCGUAUGGGCAGUCUGGGCCUGUUCCUGCAGUGUGCUACCUCGACCUUCUUUUCACUGAUCAUGAGUCGACUGGUGUGUGCAUUUGGCUCGAGGAAGGUCUACCUAAGCAGCAUGGUUUCCUUUACCGUCUCAGCACUGGUUAUCUGUCUGUCCAAAAGCGUGCUGUUGGUCACUGCGAUGUCCGCCCUCACUGGGUUCGCCUAUGCCACCUUACAGACUCUGCCGUACACACUUACCUGCCACUAUCACAAACAGAAGGAGGUGUACAUGCCAACCAGCAGUACCAAAAAAUUACACAUGAACGGCCUCACCCACCAGGCUGUGUGCUUCACACUGGAUGAUGCCACAAGCGACUCAAACCACAAGAGUGUCCAUACCAAUGGCCAUGCCUACCACAGCCAGGAUGAUCUACAACAUCAUCCCUCUCAAAACAGUCAGAAUGGUACUGGUCUGGAAUCGGAAGGUUAUGAGAAAAGAGGUGUGGGCUUGGACUUUGCUAUUUUGGACAGCACAUUUCUACUCUCUCAGGUUUUUCCUUCUCUUUUCAUGGGCAUGAUUGUCCAGUUUACCAAGUCCGUCACCACCUACGUCGCAUCUUCUGCUAUUUUUGGUGCAAUCGGGGUCUAUUUUGCGACUCAUGUUGUCUUUGAGCAGAAGGACCUUGAACGUUGAAAGAUACUGUAGAUCUGUGACUCAAUUAUGACUAAACUUAGAAAGCUUUCUAAGGGUAAAUGUAACCUGCUCUUACUUUAUAUCCUUUAUCCUGACCAUGUAACAACAUACUGUACUGUCAUCCCUCCUUAUCCACCAAGAUUAUUCCUUUAAAUUCUUACCAAGAGGAAAAGUUUACAUUUUUGUGUUCCUAAUUUAAUGGUGUCUUAACCAUGGGUUAAAAUUUCAUUUUCAUGCUAUCAAUCUGGAAAUGUAAGGAGUUAUCAAUUCUUCUAUUUACUUAAUGUUGUUGGCUAUCUAAACCUGCUGGAGCUGCUGUAUUCAUUAUGUAUGGGUUCACUGGUGCCCACAAUUGACUACUGGACCAUUAAAAACUGAAAGGCAUCAGCAGGAUUCAAAUGCCCCAUAAAUUAAACAAUCUGAUCAAGGUUCACCUCCAGCAUUCUUUCUUAUAAUAUACUUGGCAACCAGUUAAACCAAAACAAACCAAAACACAUGGGUUGCCUGGGUCAUUAGGCCUUAUUUGGGCUUAGUUUUGUGGAAUUUCCAGAAUAACAUGUACACAGAUGUGUAUGAGUUGACUUCUCAUUCUCAGAAUUUGUUCACUCGUAGCAUUUACCAAGACACAUCACCAUAACAGACACAACUUGGACCAAUGGACGUAUCGGACAGAUGUGAUGUGUGAUGAUACAAUGCCUUUAUGUUAUGUAAAGACUCAGAGGAAAAAUUAUUUUGCUGUGUAUAUUUUUGUACAUUAAUAAUAUAUACAAAUUUAAAUAUAUUUAUAUUAAUUGGAA